AUGCCAACAACUGGACGUUUCAGCGGUACAACUCUUCAAGAAUACGAGGUUGAGGAAGUGCUGGACGUAAAACGUGAAGAGGGUGAAAAUCAAUAUUUGGUACAUUGGAAAAGAUAUCCACUGUCCGCAUCUACUUGGGAACCUCGUUCACACUUUUUUGUUGAUCCUGAACUUAUGAUGCAAAAAUCAAGAUCACGCUCAAUAUCGAAAACCCGCAAAUCGGGUGGUUUACCAUCCCAACGUAAUGCUUCAAAAUCACCGUCAAGAACAAAGUCAACGAGUACGUAUAGUCCCCUAAAAUCAACAACAGCAGUUAAGUCAAGCAAAGUGGAUUCGGUCAAAAAAAUGCUCACUCUAGAAAGUUCAUCGAAGAGUCCGUCCAGAAAGAAAAGCGCUUCAAAAAGCCCAUCCAAAAAGAAAAGCGCUUCAAAAAGCCCAUCCAAAAAGAAAAGCGCUUCAAAAAGCCCAUCCAGAAAAAUCACAUCAGCAAAAAAGCGUUCUCCAUCGAAAAGUCCGAGUCGUACAACGACGAAAUCCUCACAGAAAUCGAAACCAGUCGUGCGAUCUCGAUCGCAAUCACGUUCAGGUAAACUGAAAGGCGAGACAAAAAGUGCAUCGAGCUUACUGCCUGAGCCAAUAGUGACCCCACCGAAAAUUUACGAACCGAUUCGAAAAAGUAUUCUUCCGCUCUCCAAGCAGUUUCAAUCGUCUUCAUCAGAGCCGUUCACAAGAUCCACCGUAUAUCCUCUCCGUUCUCAGUUUCAUCCGCUUACAGAUGAUUCUCAAAGCACAUUAAAACAACGUAAACCUCCAUUGAAAUCCUCAUAUACAAGUGUCGUCAACAAAAUUCCAUCGUCGAAAAACAUCUCUGAAUAUAAGAAACGUAUCUUUCAACAUCUUCGAUACCACAAUCGUUUUUAUAUCAUCGUAUUCAUGUUGCUUUUGAUUAUGUUUAUGCUCUACUACUUCGGUUAUCGAGCUGAAGAGUCAAUGCGUAGUGGUAUUGAUGCCUAUGUUGCAUACCUCAAAACUCUUCAUCAAUGA